CCGCAAGCUGUGUUCUAUGCCCAUGUCGCAAUGGCUCAAGAGUCUUUCGAUGCCCGAGCCCGAGCUCGAGCUCGAGCCCGACGAGCUGGACGAGCUCGAGGUGUGGCGUGCGGCGGCGCGAGAGCUGCGGGGCUCAGCUCGGAGCUGGCUGCAGCAGGCGCCGGGCUUCGUGCGGGCGGACCGCGUCUGCGUGGAGUGCGCGGUGCAAAAGGACGGCUUGGCCUUGGAGUGGGCGGACGGAAAGCUGAAGGCGGACGAGUCUCUUGUGCUCAGCGCUGUGCGCAAAGGUGCCUUUGCCCUGGCGCACGCGGCUGCCCGGCUCCGCUCCGACCGGCGCUUCGUGCUGCAGGCUGUGCGAGCGAAUGGCUACGCACUGGCCUGCGCCCAAAAGUUCCAAAACGACCGGGAGGUCGUCCUCACAGCCGUCAGCGAAGACGGAAGCGCCUUAGAAUACGCUUCUGAACAACUCAGGCGUGAUAAGACUGUGGCCUUGACAGCAGCCAGCAGUGACUCUGCACUUGAGCAUGUCCAUUCAAGCCUUUGGCGCAGUCGAGAUUUCGUCAGAGCCGUGCUAGAAAGGAAUGAAGCUGCGUGGGAAUUCAUUGGAUCAGAACUGCAGGCAGACCGAAGCUUGCUGCUGGAGGUGGUUUGUUUGAACCCUCGAGUGCUGGAUCAAAUCGAGCAUUUGGACCAGAGCUUUUUGGUCGAGGUCUUGGGCCGCAACGCGUCUUGCCUCCAGCACCUCGAGAAGUUCCAGCUCAGCGACGAGGUGCUGCUCAAGGCUUUGGAAAGGAACAAGCGUCUGCUGGAAUUUUUCCGCUUCGAUGCGACGCUGCUGCUCUCUGCCGUUGAAGUGGCUGCGGAGGCCUUUGAUUUUGCCCCAAUCCGAAUGAAGGAUGACCCCGACCUCGUGAGAGAGCUUUCUCGCAAGAGUGCGGCAACACUGCAAUAUGCCAGCCUUUCUCUACAACAGGACGAGGCAUUUAUCCUACAGUUGAUCGAGCAGAACCCUGCCUGCUUGCAAUUUUCUUCUCUUGUUUGCCGGGAGUUCAACCUGUCCGCACUCAGAAGAAAUUGUGAUGCAAGGCGCUACAUCGCCCAAGAGUAUUGGGAGGAUGCCAGCUUUGCCUUAGAGGCCCUGAAGAUAAACGAGUUGGCGCUGGAGCAUGUGUCUGAGAACAUGCUUGCACAGAAACAGUUUGGGUUCCAGGCGGUUGGGCUGCGUGGGUCUGCGCUGAGGUUCUUGGGCGGUAACCUCAGAGACAAUGUGCUGGUCGUUGCUGCUGCUGCGGAAGACAAUCCGUGGGCCCUGCGGUGGGCUGGGCCGACCUGUGGCGGCCGGAUCGACCUGUGGCGCCGGGCAGUGCGGCUGGACGGUGAGGUCUUGCAGCUGCUGCCCGAAUCUUCGGAGUCCUUGGAGUCGGCGUCGCGGGAUGACGCGGCCUUGGUGCUGGCAGCCACGCGGGCCACGCCUCGGGCCUUCCGCUUCGCCUCGGAGCGCCUGCUCCGAGAUCCGGCCGUCCUGUGGGAGGCCCUGAAGCUAGGGGCGGCUGAGGCUUUCGAGGCUCUCAGGCUCGGGCACGGGCAGCUCAGCGCAUGCCUCCAUUUCCCCCAGGCUGCCCAGGCUGCGGAGGACGAGGGUGUGCUGCUCUCAGCGAUCGCGCAGAACGGGGCGGUGCUGGGCUUCGCGUACGGACGCGGAGACAGCAGACACAUCCCGCUGCGGGAGAGAAGGAGCUUUGUGGCGGCCGCGGUGGCACGAAACCCUGCAGCUCUGGACCACGCCCCCAGAAGUUUUCACAGCGACCCUACUUUGCUCCGGGCUGCGCCCCGCUUUCCCACAGCUUGCUUUGAUCCGGAAGGCCUUGUGCGCGAGCUGCAGCGCGUGGCAGCUGGACUGAGCGGCCGGGGGGCCUUGGAGCGCGGCGUCGGCUUGACCUUAGGCGGCUCGAGCAGCCGGGUGCUGUUCGCUGUGCUGGAGCUGGCGCGCCUGGAGCAGCUUGGGUGCGACAGCCUGCAGAAAGAGUGCGUCCUGCUUGGCCUCCCACCAGAAUGCUUGGACUGGUAUGGCGCCAACUUCUUGGUCAGGCGCCUGAAGCAGCUGGCGCUGUGGAAGGAGAGC